AUGAUUAUUUUUCUUAGGUCACUGCAUGUUACUAAAGCACCGACUGUUCAUGUAUGCCCAGAUGUUAUAUUGCUAAAAAGAUAUCUUCCAAAAUCAUCUUUCCAAGUGCAGUUCAGGUGAACGUAUGGUUUACUUGCAGUGACAUAACAUUGAUUUUAAAAUUACAAAGAACAACAUUGAAAUGUGACUGAUUAUGGCUUAAAUAAUGUUCUUUAGACAACUUGUAAAGAAAUGAUGCAAGGUGCAUGAAAUACAUGUACAGGUGUAAGGCUUUCAAAUGUUGCUAAUGAAGUGUUACCAUAAGGCCCAUUACUAACUGUCAUUGUGAAAUAACUAUUGACUGAAGUAAUGGUCCACAAGUUUUAUUUCUUAGGCUUGUAAAAACAAUCAGUUCAACAUUUGAUUUAAAUAUUGAUGUGGGUUAACAAAAAUUCCUGUCUCUGAAUACCUGGGAUAGAGAGUCUUAUGAUGGCAUGAAGUGUAGACUGUUGACUAUAGACAGGGUUCAUAUGGGUCCUGGAAAACCUGGAAAGUCCUGGAAUUUUAUUCUGAAAUUUUCCAGGACUGGAAAGUCCUGGAAGAAGACUACAGGUGCUAGAAAUUUGUUUCUGAAAAAGGGUAUGAACCCUGUAUAGACUGGGGACUUAAGUGAUGGGAUUUUUAAAGAAUUCAAACUGCAUUCUCUGGGUUGGGUUGAAAAUAUGGACCAAGGUGUAAAAAGCAAACUACAACAUUUGCAGCAUACAGAGUGUGUUAACAGAAACACAGGAAAUGUGCCAUGAUUUAGUGAAGUUUUUUGCUGGAGUAAGACUAUUUUCCAAGAGUUUGAGUAAUAUAAUUCCACAAAAAAUUAUUUCACCCAACACUUCACUAAAUUGCGGCUCAGAUUCUUCUUUAUCUACAUAUGAAUGUAGUAGUCUGUAGUUUAUAAUUUAGAGAUGGGCCAAAGGAUGCAGUUCAUGAUUUACUCCUCAGUAAAUAUUCUUACAUCCAGAACAGUGUGCAGUCAUGGUCAGCAGUUCCUUGUGGUAUACUGACCUCAUCUCUUACAUCCAGUUAAAGUGCUACCAUUCAAAACAUUUUGAUAUAUAAUGCUUUUUAUAUUUAAAGAAGAAAUUAUCAAAUGUCCUUUGUUCUGCAGUGAGAAGAUUAAAGAUUUACCAGUUGUUGUCCAGUGUACUCCUGUUGAGGCAGAUGGUAAUUAUGUUUGCUUCUAACAGAGUAAGAGAGACUGAGUCUAUAAGUCUUCAAAGCUAUUUGUUUUAGAGCUUUGAGCUGCUGUUUUUCUCCUACACAAAACUGAUGUCUUCAUAUUUGUUACCAAGGGCCUGAAAAACCAUUAGUCCUCCAGCUCCUUACAAAACAAUUUAAAAGACAUUUAACCAAGAGAAAAAUCUGCCAUGCUCCUUAAAAGUAAUGUUAUUGGACAGUGUAAAAGUAUUUUUUUAAUUGGUGAUUUUGUUAUAAAGAAUCCAAAGGUCUGGGGCUCAAUUUUUCAUUAGAACUAAGAGUUUUUUCUUCAUGACAUGACAAAAAAUAUCUUUCUUUAAAAUAAUUAUACUUGUUACUAUUGCAGUAACCAAGGCCCAAACACACAUUUUUUAUUCUUAGUUUGGAAACACAAACCAUUUUUAUGGAUUAGAUAUUAAGAGAUUUUGUGGCCAUUUCCAAAGGUUAUUUCAUCUAAUUUGUGAUCUAUUUAUCCUCACCCUUGCUAGGUGGCCCUUCACUGCUACAGAUAAAGUUUACAGAGACAAGAGUUGAUCCUGGUGCUGUCACAGCUCAGGUGUUAAAUGAAUUUUUAGAGUAUAGCCAGUUUCUCUUUCCAAUUGCUAGAUGCUACAAGUUAAAAUGUCUUAUUUAUGUGAUAUGGUGCUCGCUAUGAACUAGCUGAUCUUGCUUGAAAGAAAGCUUUCUGUAAGUUUCACCAGUUUAUUCAUAAAGUGACAAAAAGCAAAACCAAACCAACUAUGCAACAGUGGAUUACUUCCAAUACCGACUCAACAACAGUCUGUUUUAGAGUUGCAUGCUUGGUUACCAGGCCUUUGAACAGGGGUGAGGCUAAGGGUGACCUUGUCAUGAUACAAACGUUGCUUCUUUUCAAAUGGAAAUUACUUUGUUAUCAUGCUAACUAGAUACUGGUCUCUAUUGCAACAAGGUUACCUUUAACCUCACUCCAAAUCAAAGGCUUGGCAACUAAGCACAACUGCAAAAUGGCCCAUUGCUCCUUCUGAAAAAUUCCUUGGAAAGCAAUCAUCUCAUUUCUCUCUAAUCAAACUGUAAAUUUUCCCUUAUUGUUCUGUUUGCCUUAGAACCCCUUGACCCAUAAUUCUCUUUGGUUUGGUUAUAAAGGUGUCUUACGAGCUUGUAUCAGUUGGUAACCCUGUUCAAGUGAUAUGUAGAGCAGAGUCCUUUAACAUGACAGUGUCACCAGUAUCCUCAGCGAUCAAUGAGGCUACCAGCAGAGUAAGUGGGACUUCUGUGACUGCAGCUUCACUGACAAGUGUACCAUUAGCAACAGCAUCAGUGACUGCAGGUGGAACUAGAAAGAGAAGGAGUGUUGAUGUUGUCUCUCCUGACAGAGUAGUGCGUCAGUACUUUUUCAACAAUUCAGCAGGUAAUGAAAUGUUUAGCACUAUACUUCAUGUUGUCUAUUGCACCCAGCUUUUCUUGAUGAAAAGCUAUGAGCUGGUGCCAUCUGUCUCCCUCAACACUGGAAGCAAAAAAAAUUUCAGACAGGGUGAUUUUGAGAAAGCCAAUAGCCAAAAUAGACUCUUGAGUAGUUGAAUAAAAGUGCACGUAUUUAGUAAAAAGGUGUAAGUUUUGGUUAUGUCUACGGGAAUUCUAGGUAAAGUAGGUUUCAUUAUUUUGUUUGGUAACUUUAAAAAGGAUUUCACCAUUUUAAUUGUUAGAAUUUUUCUAACUUUUAAAGCAUCUGUCACCAUUUAUUUGUGUUGGGGAAAGUGUUAAAAAACCCAAUGCACGCUUCUUUUUUUUGCUUUAUUUCCCCCCCCCCCCUCUCUUUGAACACUACUUUUGAAUGGUUCCUGUGACGGUUGCUCGAUUCUUUUUUCUUAUAUGUGAUUUAUGCACAGCUUUCGAUUUAUCAUGUUGUCAUUAUUUACCUUCAGGACCAACUGUAACGUUUGCUGUUGAUGUUUCCCCUUUGCGGAUUCUCCCUUCAGUGGGCUUCAUCCGGGCUCCUUGCGGUAGAUUUAGCGCGGUCUUGGUACUGGACAAACCAGCUGAGGACCUCGUGGACGUCACGUGUUCAAUAGACGUUUUACCACGUGGAACAGAUUUACAGAAUACAUCAGGAGUGUGUUCCACUCCUAGUAAAGAUGAAGUAACAUUUGCUAACAGUACUGUGGAACUAAACAAGAAAGACAUCCAAUUCCAAGUAAGUUACACUUUCUUCAAAUCAUUUGAAAAGAUCCCGUCUUCGUGGACGAACGUUGAUAUACAUGUGUCGCAUUUGUACUCAUGGAUUUUGGGGAGGUUUUAGAUACAAGUUUUGGAAGACUUAGGAUCCAACUUUCUGCUGUAUUCUUUAUUAUCUCCCGUGUUCUUGCCAUUUUUCUCGCCUGGCUUUACACAGGGGAGAUCCUAAUCCCAGUUCACGCACGUGAAUUGGGUGUAGAAAAAUUCUCGCGUCACAUGUACUUUAAACAGUAUUUUACGCGCUACGAAUUUAUAAAGGGAAACUUCAAACCUCACCUUACCUUACCUUUCUGUAAAAUUCAUAUGUCACGUAUUAGUUUAAGUCUUAAUCAUGCGAUGCGUAUUAACUCUUUGCAAUUUUUUAAUAUUUUAAUACUGGAUUACGUUGUUUCUGCCUGUCAAUUCGUGUACUGAAACGUCCACAUCCUAAAUUGUUUAUAUUCUUUAGAAAGGCGAGUUAUUCCAGACUUUAGAAUUAACUUUGAGUGAAAGUCCUGCGUGGCGCACGGAGGGCCUGGUGCGAAUCACUUGUUGUGGUCAGGCCACAGGAUUGAGCUUUCUAUACGUCAACCGAUCAGCGGAGGCCUUCAUUUGGGUUGAACAGCGCAAUAUUCAACCCAUAGACUGUAGCAGUAUAACAAGUAAGUACAAGCCAAUGCGUAGAGCGGGUGGGUGGUGACUCACUUGUAAUUUCAAAAGAGUGUAAGAUUAAUAAGCAGGGUUCUUUUUCCCUUCGUACUCCUGCCUUUCUUUCAAGUUUGGUUCACGUAGUUGGUUUACAUACCUCUUGGUUUAGAGUAGUUUUCAUUCAAGUUUUGAAAGUUUUUCGGAUUCUUCUUUGAUUUCUCCGGAAUUUUAUUCCACUUUCUACACAUAUCACGCGCGUUUCUUUGCUGGAAUAAAGGGGGUAAGUUUUUAUAGAAACUGUGUGCUGCAUCGGUGGUCGUCGUUGAAGGGGGGGUGGGGGGGGGGGUGGGGGUGGGGGACAGGGGGUAUUGCAAGACCAUUUGGUUUCAUCGAGUGAGUUAAUUAUGUGAAUUGACCACCAUAGAGAGUUUCUAAAGCUGACAUUUCGUCGGAGCGUUCCGAUAGCCCUUCAUUAGCCCUUUGCUCUCACGAAGGCCUAACGCUCCAAAUGUCAGCUUUAGACCUCUCUACGGCGGUCAAUUUACCUUAUGAACCCAGUUGAUAAAAACCAAAUUCCUUGGCUCGAAGCAAGCUUUAUUUCUUUGAAUUGAAUGUCCGACGCUUUUUUUUUUUUUUUUUUCCGUCGGUUGUAUUUACUUUGGUUCUGUGUCCGCGAUUCUAAGUCAGAGGGUUUUCGAUGGAAUAUUACAAAUAAAUGCAUAUUUGUCCUUUAUACUUACCUCGCGGAAACUGUAUACUGUAUACAUGGUGUACUCGUGAGAAAACAUUUAAAACUUGAGAUUGCGUCUGGGAAAAUCUCACAACCGUUGCAACCACAUAAUAAAUAACUUCGUUUCAGUACUGAUACAAUGUGCAGAGUGAUCGUCAAGAUGUUUAGCAAUAAAGAAUGUUUACUUGUAGGUGGCGUGAGAAAGAGCACCUUGGUCUCUGAUAUAGAUCUGACUUGUCCUUGUAAUUUGAAGGAAGCGGCUUGUGACACGGGAUGUUGUUGUGACCAGGUAAUAUUUUAACCCCUUCAUUUCUUAGUUUUAACUGUUCAUACUCGUCCUGGAAGUUUCUCUCCAUUGCAAGUAUGCCCUCUAUAAGUUCGCCUCUUGCGAGUUAAUUCCCUACGAGUUUGACCCUUACGGGUUUGACCCUACGAAUUCACCCCCUACGAGUUCCCCUCCCCAACGAGUUCGCCCCCUCCUUACGAGUCUGCUUCUCGACGAGUUCCCUUCUCCCCUACGAGUCCGCUUCCCUAAGGGUUCGCCCCCCCACGAGUCCCCCCCCCUACGAGUUCUCCCUCUACGAGUUGGCCCUCACUACGAGUGGACCCUCAUUACGAGUUCACCUUUCUACGAAUUCGCCACUUACGAGUUCCCCCCCUACGAGGUCCCCCUCUUCAAGCCCGCACCCCUCGACGAGUUCACCCCCUACGAGUUUCCCAUUUCUGAUGACAGGCUACGUAUAACAACUCAUUCUUUUCAGGACUGCAGCGAUGUCGAAAACGGAAGUUCAACUUGUAUCCCAGGGUUCUUUGGAGGCGCCACAGCAGAGAAGCCAUUUCAAUUUAGCUGCCAGGCCUCCUGGCCCGACUCUACUGAUUGGCAACCUUUCUUGUGCGUAACCAUAAACAACAACCCUCUGAUUGGUUACUUUUACAACCUGACCUCCCCGCCCUUAGCACAGGAUUCCUCUGGGUUUAACACACUAUCCGCAAAGAGAAAGAGAGAAGCAUUUACGUUCUCAGAAAGCGAAGAACGGCAAACGAGUAUUUCAAGUGGGUUUUACACUGCAGGAACAACAAUUAAAACAGCUACAAACACUGAAGAUAAAAAUUACGCAAGAGCUACACUAGGUGUCCUUUCUUUGCCACAAUCCGUCUUUAACGGUUUAUGUGUCCAGAAUGCAGCUGUAAGGUUUCUGAAAGACGUGUCGUCUGGAUGUGUUUUUGAAUCUGAGGAGUCUCUUUGUAAUUCGCAGUCACCGUGGAGCGCGUUAAAUUAUUUAAUGCCAAAUAAACUUAGUCAACCAGCGUGUCCAUUGCCCCCGGCAGUCCUAGCAGAGGGAAGCUUGGGCGACACUGUAGGGGAAAUACCUGUGAUAGCAAGUACGGAAGUACAGUAUUUCUGUAUUUCAGAUGCCAUUGACAGUGUUUCCACGACGGCUCAGAAAUUGGGAGAAGCAAGGUGUGACUUUGAUGACGGCGACUCUUUACCCCCUGCUCCAUUUUUUAACAAAACAACGAGAACCUGCUCUAAUGUAGUAACGAAAGUCGAAUACGAGUUUACUUGGUAUGGAAGGCGAAUUGACGCAGUACAAGCGCAAAUUACUCUUGGUAGCGUUGCGAUUCCAUUUGUUAGAGAUAUGGUUCAGCUAGUCACAUCCGAUACUUUCAUCAACACUGUCGGCCAGAACUUUUCCGUCAGAUUUCUUCACGCGUUGCGAAACUCUUCAAACUCCUCAAGCGUUCGUCAAACUCCAGUUCAGCGCUCAGGGAACCCAGGCUAUGUACUUGGUCGUCCAGUGCUGGGCCGCCUACUGAACAGCACAGGACAGGUAUGUUGUCAAAUGCCUCUGUCUUGUCACUUUGAUCGAGCAUAUAAGAAACAAAGAUUGAGCGGUUUGUAAUUGUACAAGAUGAAACAAAAAUUAGAACAAAACACGAAAUGGAUUCGAGUUAUCUGGAGUCCAAAACAGUAUUUGUGUGAAUUCAAUUCUUGGGGUAGAGUGCUGCUUCGGUGUAAGACGUCGUUAUUCGCUAGCAGUUUACAGAGAAAGAUAACGUUUGAAGCGUUAGCCCUUUCGCUCUGACGAAGGGCUAACGGUCGAAACGUCAGCUUUGAAACUCUUAACAGUGGCAAAUCUACGUUAUCAACUCAGUCGGUAAUACCAAAUUACCCUGGUAUACUCUUCCAGGGACGCAGCUCUACAGUUUCUUAAUAAAAUUACCCCUUAAAUACAAAAAAAGAUACUUGCACGUCUUCCAAGUCUCUGUUUCUAUUUAAUCUCUCAUGGACGCCAUUUGCCGUAAAAAGAACCGAGUUUUUGAUCCGCAUGUAAUUCAAUAAGGCGGUUCGUUGUUGUAUGACCUAGGUAUCUCUUUACAAACGAGUACGUCGUUUUGGUGGUAGUGGAAGCUGGACCAUGGUUCAAGAAGUAUUGUUUCAAGCCUUGGCCCAGCGGACCAUUGCUUUAUGUUUUAUGCCUGAGACAGUUUGCUUUUUUAGAGCCUGUCUCCACUUAGGGGUGUCGAUGGGCAUUGAUUGACUGUCAUGGAAACUUUAUCAAUUGUUUGUGAUGGGGUUUCCGUUAAAAGACCUGUAUCUCGUCCAGGCAGAGUAGCUUUACCUCUUUCUCAUUAUUGUAUAGAAACGGGAUAGGCCCUGCCUAAAGAGGCAACUGGACGCCUUACACUUUCAGUGUAAUUUUACAACAUUUUGUCAUUUUAAAAUUCCAUCAGGUCACCGCUGGAAAAAUCCAACUUUGGUCACCAAGCUCUGAUGGUCUGUGCGCGGGUUCAACCUUCACCCCAGUCCUUUAUGGAGAGGAUGCCUUUUCGGGGUGUUUGGUAAGAUUAUCAUUCGAUGACAUCAGCAACUGUUCUUUGUUACGCGAAACAAUAUUGACUCAUCAGGCUCGUCUGAUUCAAGCCACCCAUGUCGGUCGCAGUGGCAACGCUGACCUAGAUGUUCCUGACGAUUGGCUUCCAGUUAUAAGGUUAGAUGACCAGUGAAUCUUGAUUUCACAAAAGGAGCUUUGAUAAAAGUUUUAAAUGAAAAGUUGACCUUCAAUUCCCCUCUUUCCAUUUACCCGAAGUUGCUUUAUUUAAUCACAGAUUUUUUCUAAGUAGGACGCAAGACAGGUUAUCGCUUUAAGCCACUUUAACUCAGAAGAACUCGUAGUGCAGGCCGAUAAGAGUUGUCCAUGUUCGAGCAUUAACUGUUCAUAACUUUAUUUACAAAUGUAGAAUCGCGCGCAUUAUUGUUUUUCCUUGUCAGAGAACCGAUAACCAACAACUCAGGCGAGGUAUCAGAAGACGGAACUUGUUCUGGAGUUCCUAGUGGGCUGUCAAUUGAGAUGCUGGUAACUGAAGCUGGGAAAUACGCAGGAGUGCCUCAGAUGGAAAUAGUGGGAACAAGAAUCAAGUUAGUAUAGUUUUAACCCUUGAACUAUCAAGAUCCAAAAACUCCUUUUAUGGCUAUUCCCGGGGGGAGGGGGUAGAGAGGGCUUUCGUUUGAUAUUAUCUUACGUCCCCUUUGAGUGUGGUGUGGGGUGACAUCAAAAGAACGUCCGAGCGGAAGACUGGAAAUUCCGUACCGUUGACAAUUGUCUUCAUUCUCGUCACCUAUAUAACUGCUAUGUGUUUCAUGAAAACUAAUUCUUACGUCAGCGGUUUCUUUGCGCAGUUAGUUUAAUUUACAUCUAAAAAAGUUGUUUCUUUGGACAAAAUAUAAUCCUCUUCCAAUUCCGCGAAUAGAAAGAAAUGGAGAGCGGGAAAAAUUUGAUAACGAUAAAAUUCCAGCUAUACUUUCCACUCGCCCUCCUUUCGUGUUCAUGUUAAUUUUUUCCAGUCUUUUUUCGUAUCAGAUACCAGUACACUACCUGGCGACUUAGUUGUGUCAGCGGUUACGGUGUGAGUUGUUCUGCACCAGUAACAAACACAAGUGUUAAACAAGUAGUGCCCAGCCCCUCUGCCAUCACUCCGACAGCAGCAAGUUCAUUGGUCAGCGUCAAUAUUUCUAACUCAUCGGUUACACUAGCCAAUCAGAACUCAAGUAAAACGGAAAACGGCACGAAAAACGGCACGGAAAACGGCACGGAAACGAGGGAGUAUGCCCCUCUUUUCCAAAACUUUAUGUUGAAAAGCUCGGUUGUUUUCAUCAAGGUUCCCUCCGUAAAACCGCAGCCGGUAAAAAGGUAAAAACAAGAAAAGUAGUUUUUAUUUGGAAAUUGUUAUCAUUCGGUCUAACGAUCUUGUUCUUUACCUCUCCUGUCGCAUGCACGCUUAAGGGAAAAUAUUUUAUUUCGAGUGAUCAAUUUUUAGAUUCAUCGAGCAAGCGAAAUGUUUAAGCGACGAGUCGGCCCGUCUGUGUUCGAUUUAAAAUGUUCUUACAAUUAUAUGAUCCUCGAUGAAAGGGCAAAUCGUAAAAUUUAAAUUAUCUCGAUUCAGAAGUCGGGUCUGCCCACGCAAACAAACUCUCAUGUCAAUUAAUUCUUGUUACCAAUAUGCCGUUCGCGCUCCAAGCCAAAAGAUUUGGCCUAGAAAUAAAACAUGUCUUAUGUUUAAAUUGGUUUCAUCUUAAUAGGAAACUUAACGUUUCCCCCAAGUAACUGGCAAAUACUAGAAUUUAGGACCUUUCAUAGCCGAACAUGAAAAAAAUUUUUUUCCUUCGAUUUUUUAAAAUUUUCCAUUAUUUAUGAUCUUAAUGUCUUUUUUUUCCACUCUUCUUAGGACGGUGGAUCUCAGUGGAAUAUGUUACAGAGAUGUCUGCAAAGAAGAGCUGUUUUUUCCAUUAACAGAAGCUUAUCAAGGAGAGCCUCGUGAUAAGGCUAUUGCUCUGUCUCUGUUUCUUAUAUUUUUGGCUCUGGUUACCUUUGCUGUGACAAAGCCCUGGGGAUAAUGUACUGUUACUCUUGGUACCUCAGAAUCGUUUCAGUUUGGUCAAGUCGUAGUCAAGGAUAGGGUGGUUGAGCUUGGUAAUUGUCUUAGUACACACGUUCCAAGCAACGAGGAGGAUUUUGUAGCGCGCAAAUCAAAUGCUCUGUUCUUCAACGUAAAUAAUGUCAGAUUGCGUAAGAUCUAAACGCCCACAUCAGUGGUGAGUAAGGAAGCAAGUUGCGAAGGAAUCUUCUGGAAGGGUUACCAACAACAACACUUGGUGCGGUAAGGAUACGAAAAAGCGAGUGGGAAGACACUCCUUUGAAAGUCGACUGUGUGAAUGACCUCUGGUACCCUCUUAGAUAUUUUGGCAGACCUUCUCAUUUGAAAAUCAGCACAGGUAGAGCAUACUUAUCGCCAGAGGUUAAAAUUGCUUUCCGUGGUUACAAGCCCUUAGCAUCAUGUCGUCAUGCAGAAAACCUGAAAAAAACACGCGAUCGCGGCAUUGUCCGCCUGUGAUGAUAACAGCCGCCGAGGCCUUCAAAUCUUAGCACUGAUCGAGACGUUCGUUUCUCGAGCUAAGAGUAAUGGAUCGAUGUCAGGAUCUGAGGAACUAUGCACCUACCCCUCCCUAACACAACAACAGUCAACUGAUGACAAGUUGGGGUUAAUGUUUGGUUAGGGGAGGGGUAGGUGGGUAGUUGCUCAGAUAUUGGCAUUGAUCCGGUAUUGACAUAGACAUUGAUAACUAACAACGCCACAUGACUUGUAGGUACUGUUUCAUGGACCAAAGAUUGACUUAUUUGUGAAGUAAAAUUGUGAACUCCAGCAUCCUCGGUGAAAAAUCGUCCGAAAUUAAACAGUCAGUUUCGAAAAGAUGUGAACAGGCAAAUCGCGCAUGUUACAGGGGCAUAGUAGCGGGUAUUUUCUUGGAGUAUUCACCGAGGGAGUGAAAGCUACUUAAGCGACAGCGAAUGUCUAUAGCAAAAUCGAAGAUAACAGCAGGUGCUGAUUUUCAAAAGAUCAAGAGAAUAAAGGAAAUGAUCACUAGCUAAUGAAGCUCUUGAUUUUUUAACAACUUCUCUCGUCAGCACCUUUGGAAAUACACUGAUAACAAUAUAGAGAAUGUACAUAGUGAUGUUGAGAUGCAAAAGGUUAAAAGUCAAGUCUUCCGCCCCAGUCCCUUUGGCCAUCUUUCCGUGCGCUUUCCGCGUUAAAAUAGAAGGUGCUGUGGAGGGAACAAGAAGCAGUGUGUGGAUUUCAAGAAACGAAAUUGGAAUGUCAAAUUUAUUAGUUUUCUCUCUACAUCUUAUUCAUUUGAACGUCUAAGAAAUAUAACCUCUUAUCUGGACAAUCUUCUCAUUAAAACAACUUUUUAAAAGUCUCCCCCUUAAUGAAGAUAAUUCCUGUUCUUGAAAAACAAACUUGUGCGUUUCAGUGGAACAGUUCGUUUAACUAAACGAAAGACUAACUAACUUCUGUUACAAAAUUUUAAAUUAAUUUUUAUAUUUUGUUAUUAAAAAAUAAUUUACUCUAGUGAAGGAUAAUAUUAAAACAUAACUGAG